AUGACUGCUGCAUUUUCUCAUGCACCAACGCACGCUGUGCGCCGCGUGUGCCGAAGGGUGCGGGUGUUUAGUGGCGUGACUUUCGGACCGUCGGUCUCACGAGUUGCCUACGCGGCCGGGGGCUUCUCCUCUACGACACGCGCCACGGGUUUGUCCCCGACGCCGCCCCCAGCAGCCGUGGCGGGAGGCGGUGCUGCGUCCCCCUCCGCUGCACCGACGCCACACGCAACUCCCUCGACUUCGUCUGAAUUGUGGCGGCGGGCCGGGGACUCGGGGGCGGCGACGAUCGGCGGGCCGCACGUGGGGGCCACCUCGCCGGAGCAGGUGGAGGAGACGUUUCGCUUGUCGGUGUUGGCCCGCACGGCGAGCAACGCCCAACUCCGGCGCUAUUUGGAGCAGCUGCAGCCGAAGGAUCACGCGUUGGCGCUGGCGGCCGUGCGGGGGGCGGAGGCCGGCGGACUUCGUGUGGACGCCAAGACAAAUGAAGUGCACCUGACGAAGCUAAUGGACGCAGGGCAAUUGCGGGCCGGCAUGGAGCUCUACCGCCGCAUGCUGGCGACGCGGAUGACUCCAACAGCCAACGCCUACGCAGCGCUGAUGCAGAUGUGCCUGCAACGCGAGAUGCCGGAGGCCUGCCAGAAGAUGUUUGAAGAGAUGGUAAAGCGUGGUCAGUCGCCGAAUACGCGAAACUAUGAGCUGUACAUCGCCUCGCUGGCGAUGGAAAACCCACCAAAGUGGGAAAAGGCAGUGGAAGUGUUUGAUCACAUUUCACGCGAGCGACGUGGGAGGCAUGUGACAGCCACGACCUACAACUCGCUUAUGCGGGUGUAUCUCAAUAUGACUCCGUUUGAUUGGCGCGUCGUGUACAACUGUUACUACGCACUGCGGCAGCACAAGCCACCGAUUGCACUGCAGUGGGAAAGUUAUUUGUUGGUGGCAGAGGCACUGCGUCGGGGACGGGCUGGAUACAUUCGUCGCUUCCUCACCUACCUGGAUGCCUGGUUUUGCGUGACACAUUAUCGUUCAUUGGACUUCUUGUUUGGGCUGGCGUUGUAUUUGGCUGCCAUGAUGGUGCUGAAGGCGCUAAUAAGCUGGUUGGUCGUGUUUUACUACAAGCGGACGGUAUCGAAAGGGAAAGAGGCCGCCGAUUCCAUUUUGUAG